UUCCAGUUCCAACAACAGUCGAGACUCGAGCGCGGUACUGAUGCACGCGCGCACCUUUUGCGAUAACUGUACUGUGAUACUGUCGAUCUAAGUUAACUAAAUAAAUACGUAAAACCUUAACCUUGACGUUUAACUGGUGCAAUAUGGAGAAAUGCAACAACAAUUACCCCCUAGAGAUGAAAGACGUAGAACCAGAGGUGGCGGAGAUGCUCAUGAAAUAUUUUACAGGGGAGCAUACAGGCUUCGUCCGCGUGGGCAGCAAGGGUUACUUCCUGCCACACCAGUUCCGACAAGAGGCAUGGAACAUAUACAGCAUGGAGAUCCGGCCCACUGAUGUAUUCGUGGCCAGCUAUCCGCGAUCAGGAACAACUUGGACGCAAGAACUGGUUUGGAUGGUGGUUAACGAUUUAGAUUACGAGACAUCUAACGAGAUUCCUCUCACAGAAAGAUAUCCAUUUUUAGAGUUUUCUGUAUACGUUCAUCCCAUAAUGAAGGAGCGGUUUCGCGAAGAGAACAGUGACAGCGAGAGGAAACUCAAGCUCCUCGAUGACGUCAGCACCCCCGGAACACAGUUGCUGGUGAAUGCCCCCUCGCCCCGCUUCGUCAAAACUCACCUGCCCCUCUCCCUGCUGCCCCCCACACUCUUAGACACAGCUAAAGUGGUGUACGUAGCCCGCGACCCGAGAGACGUAGCGGUGUCCUUCUACCAUCUCAACAAAUCCAUGAGGACACAAGGAUACAUCGGCGAUUUCAAAACUUACUGGCGAUUCUUCAUUAGUGAUCUACAUCACUGGACGCCAUAUUUUGAGCACCUCAAAGAGUCGUGGGAAAAGAGAGAUCACCCGAAUAUGCUGUUUUUAUUUUACGAGGAGCUUUCUAAAGAUUUGCCUGCAACUGUGAAUCGAGUUAGCAAAUUCUUCGGCAAGAAAUUCACCGAAGAGCAACUGACACGACUCUGCGAUCAUUUGAGCAUAGAGAGCUUCAAACAAAACAAAUCUGUGAACUAUGACGUCAUGAGGGAGCUGGGUAUUCUUCAAGCUGGAACCGAAACUUUUAUUAGAAAAGGAAAAGCAGGCGGUUGGCGUGACUACUUCGACGAAGAAAUGGCGGCCGAAGCGGAGAAGUGGAUUUCGGACAACUUGAGAGAUACCGACAUGAGGUUCCCUCAUCUUCAACAAUAAACUCGCAUUGUGUUUAAGUUUACAUUAAGGAAUUAUUCAUAGUAUUAUAAUCGCUUUAGCGUUUUAUCUAGUAGUAUUAAGUCUGGCGAAAAAAAAAAUUCGCGCGCGAUUCUUAGAUACUGCAUUUUCUGUUUUAAACAUGUGAUGUUUAUAGAAUAGAAAUACAUUAUUUUUUUUAUUAUUUAUACAUCACACAGAGAUAUUUUUGAUAAAAUAGUUACUUAACCUAACCUAACCGGUAAAACCCCCCCCGAUUCUUUUCGUUUGAAUAGAAUUUAUCACGAAACUUGCAGGAACCAUGGAUUCUUCAAUAUAAAAGUUAACAUAUAUAUUCUGCUCCCUACCAUUGUAAAAAACUUAUCUAAAAAAUGGUUUAGUCGUGAAAAUGCAACAGACGAACUUUCGCAAUUAUACUCGUAUCAUCAUACGACUUCUUUCGUUGUAUGGAUUAUUAACAGUUGUUAUACUAUGAAUUUAUUUUUAUUAAACAUCCAUUCAGAUAUUCCUCUAAAGUAUUGAGCAUUAUUUGUAUAAAAUAUUAUAUUAAUUUUGUAAAUAGGCGUAUUCCUGCAAAUAUUGUUGAAAUAUACCUACUCUAUUUUUGUAAAAAGAUAUUUUAAAGGUGUAGUUAAAAUAAAUAAAAAAAACAUAAAUGGGUGAAUAUAACCAUUUAUUUGAAUAAAA